AUGAUAAAGUGUUUGAAAUCGAUAAUUAAAUUUAGUGCCAGCAUAAUAGGAGGAAUUGGUUUAGUAAUUUUAUGUUUUGGAUUGUAUGUGCUAUAUAAUUAAGUUGGAUUAGAUUAUUAAGGUAUAAAUCAUAAUUUUAAAAAUAUAGAUCUUUAUUACAAUUCUGCAGAUUGGUUAAAAACAUUAUAAGAAUAUGGUUUUAUAAUUUUAGGAGUAUUGAUCUUGUUAAUUGGUUCAGCUGGUAUUCAUGGAGCCAAAAAAUAAAAACCAACAUGUUAGAAGACUUGCUUAGCUAUAUAUGAAAUUGGGGCUAUAACAUUUUUUUUAUUAUGUUCAAGUCUAGCUGUAUUCACUCUGAUUUAUUCAGAUGAUAUCUUAGGAUAAGGUAGUUGAAUAUUUAAUAGAAUUUAGAGUGUACAGGCAAUGAUUACUUCAAAGAGAUUGAUAUUUAAAUAUAAUUAGCAGAUUAACUCUUUUGUUCUGACUUAUGUUAAUGUUAUAUUACUAAUGAGACCUUCUAAGAUAAAUAAAAAUAAUUUGAAGGCAAGAAUUUUACCACCGAUGAAAAUAUAACACCAAAAAUAGUAUAAGUCUAAAAGUGUCCCUCAUUUGAAGUUAAUGAAUAUGCUGCAGCUGCUAAAAUGAUUUAAGCCGCAGAAACUUUAUUACAUUGUACUGGAUGGUGCAAAUCUACCUCUUAUUAUGUUUUUAGUAAUGUCAAUGACAAUUCAUAAAAUGAAAAUAGUUGUUUCAAAGAAACUAAAGAUUUCAUUGAGUCAACAGGAAAAAUUACCGGUUAUGUUUUCUUGGGAUUAGGUUUAUUAUUUGGUUUUAAUGUUGUUUUUGUGAUCAUAUUAUGUUGUAGCAACUAGAAGAAAAAAAAUAGAAACGAUUAUCUUUUAUAUGAAACCUGAAAAAUUUAUCAUGUC